AUGGCUACAGUCACGACUCAGAACAUGGCUUGGUCCAACAUGCCUACCCUUGCCCCUGUCCAGCUGCACUACUCUUAUGCCGCCCAGCCCUCUCAUAACCACCAGCAACACUCCCACCCCAGCUCUCCACACCGCAGCCAACACCAGCCAUACUACCAUCCUGCCUCCUCCGCGUCCGCUGUGCCGUCUUAUUGCAUCGAUGCUGCCCCAAGGAUGUCCUUCGAUGCCCUCCCUGCUUCUUCCGCCCGUGGUAGCUACGAGGCCUACGCAUCUGGCCCCUACUAUAGCACCGACGCUCACAUGCGCACUCAAAGCCACAGCAUGGAAGGACUCUACACAUCUCAGCAGCUUCCUGUCAAGAAGCGCACCCGCUCCAAGAUGUAUCCCUCGGAAGAAGCUCGUCAGGCAGCCAAGAUGGUUCAGGAGGCACGUCGACGCGAGCAGAAUCGAAACGCUCAGCGAAGAAUAAGGGAUAGGAAGGAGCAACAUAUCUUCAAGUUGCAAGGCGAAGUAUCAGCACUCCGCAGACAAGGCGAGGAAUUCCGGACAGAAGUUUCAGGACUCGAAGAAAUGAUCCGCCGCCUAUUCGACCAGAAAUCAGAACUGGUCCGCAAGCUUGGAGGCAUGGGUGUCACCGUAGACCUAGAGAUGGGUCGAUUUCCACCUAUACUCUCCGACCCUAACCGACUCUCACUCCGCAAACCCACGGAGUCGUUUGCUAGUAACAACGCGCUUGGACUCUCCUCCUUCUCUUCCUCUUCCUCGUGCGAACCUAGAUAA